AUGUUUUCAAUUACCACCAUCGUCCUUGGACUUUUCUACCUUCUGCUUUUUACUGCCGUCGGGAUAUGCAAACACAUAACUGGGGGUCAGGAUAUCACAGUGUUGUUUCAAAAUGACGGAAACUGGACGGCACACGCCGACAAGCCCAGUGCAAUUUUGGUGCUAAACCCCAGCAGUCGCAGGGAUGCUGUUGAUACCUGUGCCUCAUACGGCGAGGAACUUCUGGACUGCAAGGAUUUCCUUGCAUUCUACCACCAACUACAAUACCAAGUAUAUCUCGGCAAUAUCAAGGAGACUCAGACCUUAUGGUCUUCUUGCUCGAAGAAGCCCUUCGCACUGGAUGGCACUCCAUCCCACAUGAAAGAUUCAACAGGGUCACCUUUCAUAUGCACAAACUCGGCACCGACAGUAACAAAAGUUGACACGGAUUUCUCAACAUUCCCACACAUCAACAUUACAAGCAAAGGUACAACAUUCGAGGGUCUGCGCGACCACAUGGCCUUCCGAUUUAUGGGAAUCCCUUUUGCCAAGCCACCAACAGGAGACAUUCGCUUCCAGCACGCACAGCCAUGGAAUGGCACAUACGUCGGUGCGACAAAAUAUGGUCCAGCCUGUUUACAAUAUGGUAGGUUGAACGGGAAUCAACAGGGCUUCAACCCAUGGGGAAAUAGUGAGGACUGCUUAUCCCUUAACAUCUACACGCCACACAUCCCCGCUACGCCAUCCAUCAAACUGGUGCCUAAACUAAAACCCGUAUUGUUUUGGAUGCAUGGAGGAGCCUUCACUCACGGGUCUGGGGUAGACGGGGUAUUUGAUGGGGCUAGUCUCGUUAGCCAUGGAGAUGUUGUCCUGGUUACGGUCAACUAUCGACUGAGCAUUUUUGGCUUCUUGGCCCUCAAUGACACCACAAUCACAGGUAACUAUGACGUGUCGGAUAAGAUUGAGGCUCUUAGGUGGGUUCAAAAUCACAUCUCCGCCUUUGGUGGUGAUCCGAACAAUGUUACAAUAUUCGGCCAGUCCGCAGGAGGCUCUGCUGUCAUCUCACUCAUCCAAUCUCAAAAGGCUGCAGGGCUCUUUACAGGGGCAAUUGCGCAGUCAUCUGGGGGUGGUUCUGCUAGAAAUCCAUCUGCUGCCGCGGCUCAGAUCCUCCCGUUCAUCAACAAGUUAUGCCCUCAUGCGACUGGGGCAGUGCGCCUAGAAUGCUUGCAGUCCUUGCCAGCCGAGACACUACUAGAGCUCACGGAGACAAAUAUGACAUCAUGGACGUCUGUUAUCGAUGGUAUCUACCUUGAGGACUUGCCUAUUGCGCAGCUUGCAAAGGGACGGAAAUAUGUCAACAAUGUGGAAUUCAUGGCAGGGUACAUGCCUGAUGAAUAUCAAUCGGUUGCCGCCGAGGCUCUCCCUCCCAAUAUCACCAGCCUCGAGGCCGGACUCGAGAUCAUGCAGAAGACUGGUGUUUUGAACAGCAAACAAGUGGAAGCAGUCCUAGAGUCAUCAUUGUGGGAAGUAUCUCCUACCGAAACUACAGCCGUGGGCGAUUCCUCAUCGGAACACUCAUUCAACAAUGCCUACAACGCCACAGUAAAUGUUGCGACCAAUGCCUUUCUAACUGGACCAGCCAUCCAGGUUGCCCGGAUAGGAGCUGUGUCGUAUUCCUUCGAUCGAAUGUGGAUCUAUACAAUGGAGCGUGGGUAUGCGCUCUCAUACUUCAACCCUUGGGGCAUGUGUUCAUUCCCCGUUGACCACCCCGAAGUCCCUUACUACAAAUGCCAUUCAGCCGAUCUGUACGAGGUCUUCGGGACAUACUAUCUCUAUGACCAGCCUAUCCGCGUUGAAAAUGAUGUAUAUUACACCAACGCCAUCCAGGACAUGUGGGCUUCUUUUGCACGAACUGGGAACCCAAACGUUGACAAGUCAUACUUGACAGCCAGGGGGUAUAACUCUACUUUGGCCUUCUUCUCUGAUUUUAUCUGGCCUUCUUUCAACGCCAUCACCCCCCAGAUAGCAUCCCUACAGUUUCCGGGUCCAGCAAUCAGGACAUUACCAGAUCAAGAGCGCAUCGCGGUACUGACGCCGUUUUUUUCGGGCUAA